AUGCUGAGAGCCAUCUCAACUUUAGUAGAGGAGAAGAAUCAUGAAGUGAAGAAUUUGAAUGGAACAGUGGGUCGAUUGAUGAAGGAGAAAGAACACAUUGGUACUUUACUUAGGAGUGCCUUGUCGAAGAGGAUGAAAUUAGAUCCAUCCUCCAAAACAAAUGAGUUGUUUCAAGUUGCUGAAAAUGGUUUAAGAGAGGCUGGGAUUGAUUUCAAAUUCAGUAAAGUCCUUGGUGAUGGUAAGGUAUCUGGUGAUAAAGGCGGCUCACUGGAAACGGAGAGUGAUGAAAUAAACACUCUAGCCGGUGCUUUGGAGAACAUCGUUAAGGCAUCUCAGUUUGAGAUCAUUGAGCUGCAGCAUUCUGUGGAGGAACUAAGGGCAGAGUCAAGUUUACUUAAAGAGCAUCUAGAGAUUCAAGCCAAGGAACUAAGUCAUAGACUGCGCAGGAUAGAGGAGCUUGUAGAGAAGGAGAGAGUGGCAAAUGAAAGCGUUGAAGGACUUAUGACAGACAUUGCUGCUGCAGAAGAAGAAAUUACAAGGUGGAAAGUAGCAGCUGAGCAAGAGGCUGCUGCGGGUAGAGCAGUUGAACAAGAGUUUGUGGCUCAGCUGUCGGCAGUUAAACAAGAACUUGAAGAGGCAAGGCAAGCCAUAUUAGAAUCAGAGAAGAAGUUAAAAUUCAAAGAAGAAACAGCAGCUGCUGCCAUGGCAGCAAGAGAGGCUGCUGAGAAGUCAUUGAGUUUGGCUGACAUGAGGGCGUCUAGGCUGAGGGAUAGGAUAGAGGAGCUCAGCCAUCAGCUGGAAGAGCUUGAAACUCGAGAAGAUUUGAGGGCCCGAAAUGGGCCUAGAUAUGUAUGUUGGCCUUGGCAGUGGCUUGGGCUGGACUUUGGAGGCUACCGCAAUACCGAGACACAACUACAGAGUUCAAAUGAAAUGGAGCUUUCCGAACCCCUCCUAUGAUCGUCUCUUUUCAUUUUUCCUUUUUUGUGUAUGUAUCACGAACUCUCAAAAUUAUAGAAAUGAUAGUCAAUACAUCUUCAUUCUUCAA